UACAUUGUCUUCUGCAUUGUCUUCGAUAUGAAUUCAACAGCUAAGUAACAAACACGAAUGUCUGGCUAUCAAUAAUAUCAGAUACAUCUUCGUCUCAGGGUUGUAAAACAAUUCGGUAAACAUAACCCAUGCUGAUUGUCGUGUGAGCGAUGGCCGAGUCCAAGAGACUAAUCGUCCACGAAAUUCAUCAGCGUGAAUCAGGAUGCAGGCUAGGCCCCGACGAGAGUAGGGGUGGAUCGAGGAUCGAUGGAGUAGGAUCGAGGACCACUAACAGACACAGGCGGAUGAGUGAAAAGAGCAGAGCGACGAGAGGGAGGAGACUCAGCAGCGGCAGACUGGUGAAGCGAGUCCGGGAAUGGGAAGAGUACGAGCGUGGGACACGACGACGUGUUCUGGGGAAGGAACAAGGACGAGCGACGUUGCACAGGAGCGUCGUAGCCGGGGGAGCGAGCCGUUCAUAUGGUUGCUUUGAUGAAAUCAGCAAGCUCCUCUCUGGUAUCACACACGAGGUGUCAGCGUUUGAAUUGUGCCGUAUAUUUGCUUUGAAGCAGCUAAAGAGUUCCGGAGAAAAAGAAAAGGAGGUAACGUCAGCGAGUGACGACGUCACGAUGCGCAUGUCGCCGCUGCUGAGUCUAGUGCUCGUGGCAGCAAUCGCGCUGCUAGCAAAUGCUAACGCAGAGACUAGCCUACGCAUCAACUCGAACACGACUGCAUCGUCGCCAUCGUCGUUGUCGUCGAAUCACAUGAAGAAGCGCGAGCAGGUGAUCGCCGGGAUAGAGGCCAGCCUGCUCACCUUCCUAGGUCUCCGCAAGAGACCCAAGCCCCAGGGAUUGACUCACGUUCCGGAGUCACUGAGGAAACUGCACAACAUUCAGAACAGCAUCGGCACAGCGGACAUCGCAAAGCCGGGCAUUCACGCGCGAUCGGCCAACGUCGUUCGUUCGUUCUACCAUGUCGAGAGCAAGCUGGACCAAAAGUUCCACUCGCCGAAUCACUUUCGGCUCUCCUUCGACCUCAGCAAGGUGCCCAACGAGGAAACAUUGCAGGCGUCCGAGCUGCUGUUGUCGCGCAUCCCGAUGACUGAUAUCGAGGAGAAGCAGAAGCGUGGUCGCGUGCUAGUGUACGACAUAGUGCGGCCCGGUGUGAAAGGUCAACGGCAGCCGAUAUUGCGGCUGAUCGACAGCAAGGUGAUCGACCUGACGAAGAACGCGACUGUGAGUCUGGACGUGCACCCGGCGGUGGUGAGAUGGAUACAGAAUCACCGCGACAAUCACGGCCUGCUGGUGCACGUGACCGGGCCGUACGAUCGCAAGCGGGAGCACGUGCGGUUGAAGCGCGCCGCGGACGAGCACGAAGAAGCGUGGCUGGUGAGCCAGCCGAUGCUGUUCGCUUACAUGGACGACGGCCGCUAUGAGAUGGCAUCGGCGCAUCAGAUAAUGGACCGGCGGGCCAGACGUGCCGUGAUGCGGAAGAACCGGCGGAAGGACGGUCGCGAGAAUUGCCGGCGGCAUCCGCUCUACGUCGACUUCGCGGAUGUCGGCUGGAACGACUGGAUUGUCGCGCCGCCCGGAUACGACGCCUUCUACUGCCACGGUGAUUGCCCGUUUCCUCUAGCGGACCAUCUGAAUUCGACGAAUCACGCGAUCGUGCAGACGCUCGUUUACUCCACCAAGCCGACCAUGGUGCCGAAGGCGUGUUGCGUGCCGACCGCGCUCAGCUCGAUAUCCAUGCUUUACUUGGACGAGGAGAACAAGGUGGUGCUGAAGAAUUACCAGGACAUGGCGGUCCUCGGAUGCGGUUGCCGCUGAAACAUUUCUCCCUCCUUACCAAACCGCCUGUACCGGCGAGACAUCUCCGCGGUGUCUCUUUGGUACAGCGGUACUUUUGAGGAUCGUGCUGCUUGCUUGCCCGUUGCUCGACGUCGCUCGCCUCGAGAGAGAAGACGCGGCAGCACGGCGAUGCAGCACGCGGAGGAUGAAGAAGAAGAGAAGGACGAGCAGAGAGACGAUGAGAUAUUUAUUCUGCGCGCUCGCGCGGACUCCCGCCGCGGACUCUCGGACGCGUCUCUGUCGUCGCUAUUUUUCUUGUGGAUCUUGUGUAUCAGAAUAAAAAAAAGAAACAUGCGAGAGUAUGAAAGAGUGUAUGUCGUUUAGACUUAAGAGAAAAAAGGGAAAUAAGUGAGACGAAAGUAUCCAUCACAGUGAGGGCAGCGACGAAUGUCGAAGUAAUCUCAUAGUAGGAACGAUCACGAGAUAUAUAGGUGUAAUUGCGAACGAUACGUCUUGCGAUUCCCCGAUGACACUCUGGCGCGGACAAGGUUUCUCUAGAGAUUUAUUGGCGCAUCGACUAGAUCUGACUAGAAGCUUCUUCGAUCAAGAAGCUUCUCGAUUUCGAUCAGAGAUGUAACUAUUGAUACAUGAGAGUUCCGUCGCAAUCGGUAGGACUAACUCGAGGUGAUGAUCGAAAGUGAAGGUGAAAGUCGACUAAUGCGAAUCGAUCAACAAGGGUUGAUCGUCAUCUCGAGCUGAAAAUCAUGGCCGAGCGGCGAUAUAAUUGAGAGCAGCAGCCGUUAUUGUUGCCGUGGAUCAUCAUCCGAGCCGAUUAAGAAUGCGAUGAUAAGAGGAGCAGCAGCAGCAGCAGCAGCAACUUGCUUGCUUGCUUGCUUCCUUCCAGCCGGAUUCAAUUGAGAAAAUGACGAGAUUAACUCCUAUCUGAUGAUGAACAGGCGACCAUCGGCAGAUCUAAUUUUACGAGUUAACGUCCGCCCAGUUUUGCCUCCGCCAAAUGUGCAUCGUUCGAAUCUCUCUGUGACGCGGUAGACGAGAUAAGAGACGAGACACGACAGGACGAAGAAGAGUGUGCGCGCGCGCGCGCGCUGUUGCUGCAUUCCUUGUAAUCUUCUCUCACCAGUGAUUCUCAUAUUUCCACAUAGAAAUAGAAACGUUCACGCGAAACGUCUACGCGAAGGCGACACUCCCGACGUACCCCGGCACUCGUCGUUCUCUUCGAACACCCAAAAUGACUCUACUUCGCUUGAAAAAAGUAAAAAGAAAAGUAAAGAAAAAGAAUGCUGGACAGCGGCGCCCUUCGUGCCUGCGAGAAGGACUUGAGAGCUGCGUCGAUUCUGUGACUUUUGUCUGUGAAAGUGCGAUAAAAAACGAUUCAUUCAUUAAUUUUAUCAUAUUGUAUCCUCUUCUAACAAAGCGAGUUGCGUCCAGCGACGAAUGAUAUUAUACAAUGUUGACGCAAUUUAAUUUCUUUCUAUCUGUUUUGUGUUUGUUUUUGUCUUCUCUUAUUUUCGUACGCUCGCAUACUUGCGAAUCCACACGUUAUAGGCGCGUUAUAGAGAGAUUUCUCGAUGUAAGUCUCGCGAAAUGGGAGAUGAUAAGCGAGCGGCGUGGGUAACACAGCGCGACAAAUAAAAGGGAACAAGAGCACCGAGUGAUUUCGAUUUCGGCGAAGAUUGCGCAUCACUGGUAAACUACACACAGUCACAUUGCGAGAGACACAUACACAGGCACCGUAACACUUCGGCGAGUAGACAACGAGAUCACGUGUCGGAAAUGCAUAAUUGACUAAUAGUAACGUGUAAUUUCGACGAUAUAGAAAUGCCUUUUCUAUAUGCUCGCUCUUGCGCGCACACGCGGUAAACCAUCAUCAAUGCGGCAAUGUCGACUGUUCCCGUAUCGAUAAUGGUGUUCGUCAUGCAAAAAUGAAUGGUAAACGUGAAUGGUAAAGCCCACCGGUCGUUGAAUCGCGUAUCGAUAUUCGCGUCUGGACGAUAUCGCCGCAGCAAACGUUUUGAAGGGACAGGGCAGCAAAUUGGACGGGUAAAUCGGCGUGUCCGGUGCGCGCGCAUUUCUCAUCCACAUCUACGAGGACGUAUGUAAUGCAUUUCUCUUUCUUCCCCGCUGACAGACGCGAGAGUCAAUGUAUAUCUUACAUAAAUCCUGCCGUCACGAAUAAAUUGUGUACCUGCCUAUGAGAAUUACUCUAUUUAUUUUUCUUUCUUUCUUUUGCCAAAAGAUCUUCAACACACGUGUAUAUUUGUACAGAAGUGUUAAUUAAUAAGCGAGCGCCGUUGUAAAAUGUGUAUAAUAGGUAAAAUAAAUGAGUCUGUAAACAAUUGUAAAUAAUACGAUGUAAAGUAUUGUGUGCGUAUGUAUA